AUGUCCUUCCGCACCACCCCAGUAUUCCUAACCACAACCAAAGGCUGGGAACAAGCACGCAUCCACCCAGCCCUAGCCUGGAUGGAAAAAUGCACGAUCGCCUGGGACACCCGCGAAAGCUGGUCAACCCCCUGGUCCGACUGGGUCACGGACGAUUACACAUACAUCAAGCCCAACGGAGAACGGUUCACGGGUGGUGAAACCGCCUGGGAGGCGUCUAAGGCUGAUUACAGUGCAUUCAAGCUAUCACACCACGAACCGAAGUGGGUGUGUGUUGCGGAGAAGGUGGAUGGGUGGGAGUUUGUCGGUGAGGCGACACUUUUCAUUGAUCUUCCGAAGGAAGGUAUCAAGAAAGCGGUAGAUUUGGAGGGGAGGCGGUGGGAUUUGGGAGUGGAGUGCAUGUUUCGGUUUAAUUUUGUUAAGGAUUGGACUGCUAAGCAUGAUGGGAUUAGGAUUAGGAGUAUGCAGAUUUAUAGUGAUAGUGGGCCGGUUGUGGGGGAGAUGUUGAGGAGGGGAAUUAUGAAGACGGAGGAUCUUGUGAGAUGA